ACAAGUACCGACAUUUAUCAGUACACUGCCAUUCGAUCUGUUAGCAACCAGCUGUGUCAUAGUACGUUGAUCGUAUUUCAUUAGUUCAUUUCAUAGAAUUCCUCGAUAAUAUAGUGACGUAUUUGAGUUGCGGAUUCAUCGGUCUCAAAGUUCCUUUACCACCGCAUCAAGUGAGACGUUUAAGAAAAAAAGAAAAAAGUGAUUUAGUGACCAUGUAUAAUAGAACAAGUGCAACUUUAAUGCUGCAAACAAUUAUGGUAUUAAUGGAUAAACAGAAUUCAACAGACGUGACGCUUUUCCCUACAAAUUUUUUCGAGGAUGCUGAGGUGGAAAGGUGUUAUGGCGUCUACGGAUGCUUCUCAAAGGCUUAUCCAUGGACAGAAAACCGGCCUGAUAAUUACUUUCCAGCUCCACCAGACUCAUUGGGUGUUAGAUAUGCAGUAUUUACUAGACGGAAUAGAAAGAUACCAUUACUAUUACAAGCGCAUGAUAACGAGAAAAUUCAAAAUGCGAACAUUGAUCCUAGAGGGCCGUUUUAUUUGAUCUCCCAUGGAUUCAUUGAUGGUGGACAUAAAAUAUGGGUACAAAAUAUGGCAAAUGCUCUCUUGAACUUAGAAGGCAAUGAAGCUGCCACAGUUAUGAUCGUGGAUUGGCGGAAAGGAUCCCAGCCUCCGUACGGACAGGCCGUCGCUAACAUACGAUUGGUUGGAGCUAUGACCGCACAUCUUGUCCAUACUUUAUAUAAAGUGCUAGGUUUGACGAAUCUAGACAAUUUUCAUUUCAUCGGACAUUCCCUGGGCGCUCAUUUAGCUGGAUACUGCGGUCACACUUUACAAAGGCAAUUUAACUUGAAGCUGGGUAGGAUAACGGGUUUAGAUCCCGCGGCGCCUUACUUCAGUAAUACGGUGACACUGGUGCGUCUCGACCGGUCAGAUGCAAAAUACGUCGACAUAAUACACAGCAACGCUAUGCCAUUGUAUUUCUCAGGUUUCGGUAUAUCAGAGGCUAUAGGUGACGUGGACUUCUAUCCCAACGGCGGGUCAACACAGCCUGGCUGCAAGAGCGAGGGCGCGCAGAGUCCCGCCGGCGCAGACAUGUACACGCAGCUCAGCAGGCUCGUCAGCUGCAACCACGAGAGGAGCUAUGAUCUCUUUACUGAAAGCAUUACCUCCUCUUGUCCUUUCAUGGCCGUCCAGUGUCAGUCUUAUGAGGCGUUCCUAGCUGGUAACUGCACCACAUGUGACAGUAAACAUUAUUGCAUCCCAAUGGGCUACUAUUCAUAUACCUUCUACAAGAGACUGCAAACACGAGGACUGCUUGACUCAAACUCGCAUAUCACCCUCUACUCUAUGACGGGUGGCUCCAGACCAUAUUGCAAAGUGCACUACAAGAUAACAUUGAAGGUUUCAAACUCAACGGAGAGCAGAGUGCAUGGACCGGACGUUGGCAGGAUAACUGUUGUACUUGUGGACAAGAAUAACAGCAAGAGUGAUCACAAAUUUAUUGAUGAUGAACAGAAAUACUACAAACCUGGUGAUAUAGAGACUAAGAUGGUGCCGUUCAAGGAUACAGGUUACCCGCCGAUGUCGGUCAUUGUCGAAUGGAAAUACGAAACUAAUUUGUUCAACCCUAUGACAUGGAGGUUAUUGCAAUCGCCCAGUAUUUAUAUUGAAUAUAUGAAAAUAUCUUCUAUUGAAUAUAAUACUGACAUAACCGUGUGCCCGAAAAUGAAGAAGCCUGUCGUCGCGAACUUACAAACUGUAAUGAAGACAAAAUAUUGCGGGUUUUCGAAGUAGCAACAGAAAAUUCGUUAGUACAUCGCCUCUUUCAAUGGGGAGAAAUUCUGAAAGCUGUAAGCAGGUGGUGCCAGCACUAAGAAUUGGCUGUCAUCUGUCAAAGUUUUUAAACGUCUCUAUAGCGGUUUAAAAAAAAAACAAAUGUAUUCCUUUUUGAUUGUCUCGUAAUU